GGUCCAGACUUAUAAGGAGUGCGUUCUUCAUCAUUUCCUGAAUGACUGUCAACAAUAGAUUCUGGGAAAAGGUGAAACCUCAGGGUUGGGUGUUUGCAUUUCUACGUGCCCCCACCAGUGUGUGCGGCGAUUUUCAUGUGUUAGUGUUCGACCAUCUUUAAAACUCUCUGUGUCUGGCUGAAUAGAAGGAAGUGGCUCUGACUUCCCCAGGAAAUGGGAAGAGGAAACCUGGGGGCUUUGACCUCUUUGGCUGCUGUGGAGCCACAAGACGACUCACAGGAGAGGAAGGAGCAGGGAAGGGUGGAGGGCACACAGCAAGAGAGACACUGCCUCUGACUGGAAGCAGAGCAAGUUGAGAGGAAAGUCAGGGACAUACUGGACAUAAAGAGACAGAAAGACAUUUGGUUCCUGGGUUUUAUUUACGGAGUUUGUGUGGAGAUGAAGCUUCUCCUCGGAGCUCUGAGUGCUCUGCUCUGCUGCUCGCUGUCCUCCUCACAAACACUGGAUCCUGCUGGGAAAAACGUCUGCCACAAUAUCAGGGACCCCUCCACCCUGGUCUGUUGCACUGGGUGGCGUCAAGAGGGAACAGAGUGCACCUUACCUGUGUGUGAGGGUGAGCAGGCCUGUCUAAAGGAGGAGACCUGUGUGUAUCCCGGGGUGUGUCGCUGCCCCCCUGGCUACUUCGGAGCUCACUGUAAAACACGCUGUCCCGGUGAGUUCUGGGCUGCGGACUGUCGCAAGGUGUGUGAGUGCUUCCCUCACGGCCGCUGUCACCCCGUCACCGGAGAGUGCACCUGCAACCCCAACCGCUGGGGCCCGCUCUGCCAGUCCCCCUGCAAGUGCGUCCGGCACGGCCACUGCCACCCCGUCCACGGGAACUGCUCCUGUGACGAGGGCUGGUGGACGGCCACCUGCUUCAAGCCGUGCCAGUGCGGCAGCGGGGGGUCUGCAGGUCCCGGCUGCGACCAGCUGACAGGCCGGUGUCAGUGCAACAGGGGCCACUGGGGGCUGAAAUGUCCCGUCGCUUGCAACUGCUACCUGUCCCAAUGUAAUCAGCGAACAGGUGUGUGUGAGUGUGAGGCAGGCUGGUGGGGGCCCAGCUGUGACCGGAGGUGUAACUGUGACCUCACACACAGCACCUGUGACCCGAACACUGGACAGUGCCUGUGCCAGCCGGGGUACCAGGGGGUCUACUGCAACCAGCCCUGUGAAGCUGGGAAAUACGGCAGUGGCUGUAAAAGGAGUUGUGGGUUCUGCAGAGACCACCGGCCCUGCUCGGACACUGACGGCGCCUGUGACGCCUGUGAGUCCGGCUGGAACGGGACACGAUGCGACCGGACGUGCCCGGCUGGUUCCUAUGGUGACGGCUGCCUGGAGGAGUGUCCACGCUGCAGGAACAACGAACCCUGUGACCCAAAAACUGGGAACUGUUGGAGGUGUGAUCCGGGAUGGACUGGUCCCAGGUGCGAGGAGGCCUGCACUAACAGGACGUUUGGAGACGCCUGUGGUUUCCUGUGUAGCCCAUGUUUCCAUGGUAACUGUCAUCGUGUGACAGGAAGAUGUGUCUGUCAGCCCGGCUUUACAGGAGAAAGCUGUAACAGUAGCUGCCCCGCCCUGCAGUUCAGCUUCAACUGUUCCUCCGCCUGUGACUGUGGGGAGGGGGGCGGCUGCGACCCAGUCACUGGAGUGUGUCCCAACAGUGGCAGGGCUGCAGUGAUAGCAGGUGUGCUGGUUCCUCUCCUCCUGCUGCUCCUCGCUGUGCUCUGCUGCUGUUUGUGUUGUGGAGGGGCUCCUGCCGGGGGCAAAGACAGGGCGACUGUGGCUGAGGGAGGCUGGUCAGUCCGGAUGAAGUAUCACGUGUACAGCGUCCUGGCCAACAUCGGAGCGGCCCUGCCCUGUAUCUCUGAUUGGUCCUCUGGCCUGCCCCGUGUCACAGUGUCUCACCAUGACCCAGAGCUGACGUUCAACCACAGCUUCAUUGAGCCUCCGUCGUCUGGCUGGGUGACGGAGGGGUCGUCCUUCGACAGUGAUGAGGAGGAAGGGGAGGCGCUCUACUGUGUCCCUCCCAGAGAAGACUUCCUUUCGGUGGCGGGUGGCGAGUUCCACGAGAUGAGCUCGAAGUGCAACAUGUUCAUGGACCCCUCCGGCUUCAGCUGUGAGGACAUCACCUCGCCCUUCAACAUCCCUCGCACCUCCAGCAUCGCCAAGUCCAAGCGGCCUUCUGUUUCUUUUGCAGAGGGGACCCGCUUCAGCCCCAAAGAGAGGCGUGGCUCGGCUCAGGACCCCGGCGCUCUCCCUGGUCACCUGCGAAACAAACCCAAGUCACCCUGGGGUGUUCUGAUGCUGUCUGCUCUCCAAAGUCAAGGAAGUGCCUCUAAAACUGCGCAGGAAGAUGGAGCUGAGGACCAUGAGGGUGACGAUGAUGGGGAUGUGCAGGAGACAGAAUAUGAGGAAACUAACUACGAUGCAGGGGACCAGGAAGUAGACAGGACCGCUUCCCGGACCACCCUGCAGGUCCCUGGUGCCUCAGGACGAAGGAGGACUAUGUCCAACACAGCUGCUCAUAAAGGGACCCAGCUGCCGACACCUGCCUCUGAUGCUCAGGGGGGGGUCUUAAAUAAGGUCACCACGGUGUAUGUGACAGUGGGUAAGGCAGGGAGGCCCGUGUCCAAGACGGAGACGAGCUCUGAGGGUCCCGUUCAGGCCAUGCUGCGGCGCAUCGGAAGCCUCCAGAGACAGAGGGAGCAGGAGGUAAGCAGGCCCAAGCCCAAAGGAGCAGAAGCUAUCGUCAAACCCCCCAGGAGGAAGCUGGGAGCGCGGGCGAGCGUGUGGGAGGAGGGGGCGCCGCCUGCGGGGGAAGUAGGAAUAUGUAAGCCAAUCAGGAGAAAGCAUGCUUCUGUUAACACCCCUGACACAGCUGGUGCGAACGACACAUCCUCAGAGAGCGGCACUCCAAAAAGGCCGCUGUCGUCCAUUUUGAAGAGCGUGCCAGAGCUGGCUUUAGCUGACUCAGGGUCACAUCUGAGGGUGGAGGGCGGCGACCCCACCUCGGGAAAAACUGAGGGCCCCUACCUGACCGUGGGAGCAGCAGGAGAUGCAGAGAGUCUCACUGAGGUCAUCGCCAACGAAGGAGCGGUGGUCAGUGUGAAUGACGAGCCCUGCUAUGAAAAUGUCAUAAUUAAACACACAUGACCUCAGAGAAACUGUCAGCAGCUCUGAUUCAACAGGACUGCUUAUUUAUUACUCUGUCAACUCAUUACAAUGUUACAGGCACGAAAGAGAAAACUCUUGAAUUAUUUCUUUCUAGUAUUACAUGAUUUAAGGUUUACAAAGCAUUUAUGAUGAAAAAAUAUACCUUUACAUAGCCUCCAGAAUAUAUACUAAAACGUAUCAAAUGUAUCAUUUAGGUUGAAAGAUGAAUAAUACAAAACAAAUACUUUAAAUAUAUGACGUUUUUAUUUGUUAUCGUACAAGUUGGAACAGGUUGUGAAUAUGCUGAUCAAAUACAUUGUUCAAAGAUCCGUGAAAAAACAUAUAAAGUAAACAAGGUUGCUUUGUCAUUGUAGUAUGAUUUGGAAUUAUAUUUUGCCCUCUUACACUAGCCCUUAGAUAUCAGAAAACUAUAAUUGUAACAAUGUUUUCUACGACCUCUAGUCAAAGUCUGAUCUGCCGCUGCUCUCUGACCUUUGCAGUUACACAAUGCUGCUGUUAGCAUAAACCGCCAUUAUUGCAUUUUUAGAGAUUGUUACGAUUGUUGUACGACCACGUGCCACAUUUUUAUGACCCCUUUGUGGAUGAAAAGUCUCAUCAACCCUGUUUAUAUUGUGUUAUUUACUGUAUGCUUAUGAUUAAACAAUGGAAAA